AUGGAUGUGACGUUAAAGGAGGAUGAACAAGGAACGGAUGAUCAUAAACCAUCGGAAUCGGCCGAAAGCGUUCAGUAUGAUACGGUUACGAACCCAAAUGUUGCAAAUAAAAUCCAGACUGUGGCUGACACCGAACCUUUGAUAUCAGUCAAUCUACCCACAUCAAAUCGUCCGAAUAAAAGGAAACAUAUCAAGCAAGUUGCUGUUCGAUAA